AUGUCGAUCGGCAUGUACGAUCACGCAUACUACACACACGACGAAUACAACGUCAAGUUCUACAACGACACCAUACUCACUCUAGUAACCAAAUCACCCAACUUGGUCGACGAAUGGAUCUCCAAGAUCGAACACAUCCACCGCCGUCAUCUCCACCGUCUCGUUGUCGGUCUGGACGUCGAGUGGCGUCCAAACCCAACCGAAGACGUCAAAAACCCCGUCGCGACCCUCCAACUAUGCGUUGGACGACGGUGUCUUGUUUUUCAAAUACUCCACUCGUCUCACAUCCCAGAAUCCCUCGUAAACUUUCUUCGUAACCCGAAUUAUAGGUUUACGGGGGUAGGGAUCUGGGACGUUGUUUUCAAGUUAAGCAAUGAUUAUAAUCUGUGUGUUUGGAAAGUUGCGGAUUUGAGGGAGUUGGCUGCAGAAGUGUAUGAUGUGCAUGAGCUUAAUCAUGCAGGGUUGGAGGAUUUAACGGAAUGGGCUCUUGACAAGGAGAUUUAUAAACCGAAGACGAUUACGAUGAGUAAUUGGGACGAGGAAUGUCUGUCUCCGGAUCAGGUGCAGUAUGCGUGUCUUGACGCUUUUCUGAGUUUUGAGAUUGGGAGGAUUUUGAUUAAAGGGGAUUACUCGUUUUAG